CAGACGUGUAGGCCACAGUCGGUUUUUUAAAUUUGGAAGUUGAAGAUGGGUCGAAAAGGCUUGUCAAAAAUUGCAUUUGGAAAUACAAACCGAUUCCACGGUAGCAAAAGCUCUAAACAUAAGAAAAGGAAACAUGACACUGUAAAGCCAUGGACGCCAUACAUCUCUGAAAUUGAUGUUGAUUGGCUGGCAGAUUUGAUGCAGGAUCGUCCCCGAACUUUCACAUAUGACGCUGUUGACGAAAACGAAAUACCUCAUGAUGAUCUUGAUGAUGAAGUAUUGCUGGGAAGUGUUCGGGGCGACAUUGUUGGAAUCCAGUACUACAAAGGAACUGUUAACAACCAGGAAAUGGUUGCUUUGUGUCGAGAGCCGUACAACAAAUAUGAUCGUAAUGCCAUUAAAGUUAACAACGUGGAUGGUGACCAAGUUGGACAUAUAAAAAAGGAGCUGGCAAGACCACUUUCACAAAUCCUAGAUGGUGGAUUGGGUCGGAUCGAGGGUAUUGUUCCAUUUGGUGCGAACAACAUGUACCGUAUCAGUAUUGAUCUGACUGUGUGGGGGAAGCCAGAGAAAAAGGAACAGGUGAUGAAGAUUCUCCGAACUCAUGGUGUUCCAGUAAAAGAAGCUCAAGGAUUAAAUGUGCCAGGCAGCAGUCAGUCUGUGCCAGCUAGUCUAGACUACAGCCAUGUGAUCACCAAUCGAGUGUUGCUCACUCCCAGUGAGGUUAUGAAUGAGCUAGACAGACUGUUCGAAACUCUAGAUGAGGGUGACAAGACGUCAAUGGCAGAAAAAGCACCGGCUGUGAUUACUUCCUUGUAUCCUCACCAAAAACAAGCCCUCAACUGGAUGAUAUCGCGUGAAAAUGGAAACAUGCUGCCACCAUUUUGGGAAGAAAGAAAAAAUGGAACUUACUACAACAGUCUUACAGUUUUCACCAGCAACACAAGACCAAGUAGUGUUCAUGGAGGUAUUCUUGCCGAUGACAUGGGACUUGGAAAGACAUUGGAGAUGAUUGCAUUGAUCCUAACAAAUUUUGUAGAUAAGAAACCACUGGCCGUGCCGGUACCAGGCAGAUCUAGACAGUCGGCUCCCAGAAGAAAAAAGAAGUUGCUGAAAAAUAAACAGAACGGUAAUGUUGAAAUCAACAACAAAUCUUCCUUGGAAGGGAUUACUAAACCUGAAAGUGUCAGCUUGGAAACCAAAAUGGCUGCAUUAGAAUAUUCCCUGGCUGCAGAUAUUCCAGAAAAAAAUAAUGAACUUGUGGAGAAAAAACUCAUAAAUUUUCCUUCUAAAUUUGUUCUUCCUCAACCCUCAACCAGUGCGGUAAACAGAGUUAGUAAAAAACUUCCACCCCUACCGACCCUGAAAAUGGAGAAAAGUGACAGUUUUUUGUGUUCUUUCAGUGACGCGAAGGACGAUGACAAUGUGAUAGUAUUGUCAGACUGUAGUGUGUCUUCUGGUGAUGAGGAAGAAGUUGAAGAUGUUCAGAUUGAUAAGAAAGUUAUGCUCAGUGAAAAGGAUCCAGAUUACAAUCCACUUACUGCACAUUCUGCCUUGUCAAGCUCAACUGCCAGACUAAGACGGGCUGUCAAGAAACCAAUCAAAUAUACUUUUAGUGAGUCUGGAGACUCUGGUUCAGAUGAAGAACAACAUCCAAGAAAAAAAGCUCGGACACUUGAACUGUCAUCUCAUCCGGUUCAGAAUGGCAAAGUGUGUGGAAGAGGCAGAAUUACAGGGAAAGGAAAGGGUAAAGGCAAGUCGCUGGCUGCUAAAACAGUGCCUACUAAAAUGGUGUCUAACGUUGAUGACGAUCCUGAAUAUUUGCCAGACAUUGGUAGUUCACAAGUCAAGUGUCAGAAAUCUACAACCUAUGAAAGCUCGGAUGAUGAUCUUCCUGAUCUUGAAGAGCCCUUGAAAUUCAAUGAAGCCAAUUUGAGCGACUGUGAUGCGGUGACGGGAAGGUCUAAUUGUGAUGGUCCCAGGCCUACUCUGAUCAUCUGUCCUCUGUCUGUGAUGAACAAUUGGGUGACCCAGCUGAAUGAGCACGUUCACCCCAACGUUCACCUGGAGAUCUACUCGUACUAUGGACCGAGUCGGAAACGCGACAGUCGCGUCCUCGCCCAGCAGGACAUAGUGAUCACGACCUACUCAACGGUAGCGUCUGAUUUCAAGUUGUAUCAGAAUAAGUCGCCAAUUAAAAAAGUCCAUUGGUUACGAAUUGUCCUCGAUGAAGGUCACAUGAUUCGAAACCCAAAUGCAUUGCAGACUAAGGCUAUCAUGGAAUUAAAAGCUGAGAGGAAAUGGGUUCUCACAGGCACACCAAUUCAGAACUCCAUGAAGGACUUGUGGUCUCUUGUGAACUUCCUCAACAUCUCCCCACUGACUGAGAAACAGUGGUGGCACCGCACCAUCGAGAGACCUCUCGGAUACGGAGAUAAAUCAGCUAUUAAACGUGUUCAGCACCUGAUGGGCAACAUUGCCAUGCGACGAACGAAGACGCAGAUGGUGGAUGGCAAACCGCUGAUCAGUCUACCGGACAAGACGAUAGCCAUAGAGCACAUCACACUGUCCAAGGAGGAGCGAGACAUCUACACAGCCAUGCAGAGUGAGGGCAGGAUUAUCAUCAACAGAUACUUCCAACAAGGAACUCUUCUUCACCACUACGGCCAGGUGUUGGCCAUUCUGAUGCGACUCCGACAGCUUUGUUGUCAUCCUCUACUUGUCGCCAAGGCUGCUGCUGCUGUUGCUGACACUAUGAAUGCAAUGGAAGAAAGUGUCAGCUCUGGUCUUGAUGAGGAGAAGAAGCAGAAGUUGAUAGCGAGCCUGCUCGAGGUUUUGAACUCGGGGUCUGACGAGGAGUGUUCCGUGUGUCUCGAGAGUCUCCGGUUCCCCGUUAUCACAUCGUGUGCCCAUGUCUACUGUCGACCCUGCAUCCAAGCCGUCAUCAACAACGAAAAGCCAAAUUCUAAAUGUCCACUUUGUCGGGGAAAUAUAGCAGAGGAUGAACUAAUUGAGGUGUCCCCAGAAGAGAUGAACAAAAAUGAUGAGGAGCCCAUUGUCACACCAAACAACUGGCAGUCAAGUGCCAAGGUAGAUGCUCUGAUGAAAUCACUGGUCAAACUGCGGGAGGAAGACGCUGGCAUAAAGAGCAUCGUAGUGUCUCAGUUCACCUCACUGCUUACACUGCUGGAAAUACCUUUAAAACUGAAUGGCUUUAGUUUUGUUCGACUUGACGGCGGGAUGUCUGCGCGAGCCCGAGAGGAAUCGAUUGAAGAGUUCAUGGACAUGUCACCUGGUACUCCCACAAUCUUUCUUCUGUCGCUGAAAGCAGGCGGUGUCGGCAUCAACCUGACAGCUGCGUCUAGAGUGUUCCUGAUGGACCCUGCAUGGAACCCAGCAACUGAAGAACAGUGUUUUGACCGCUGCCACAGACUUGGUCAAACAAGAAAUGUCAUCAUCACAAAGUUUUUGGUUGAAGAUUCUGUCGAGGAGAGAAUGAUGGAGCUUCAAGAGAAGAAGCGUCAGUUGAUGCAAGGAGCGUUUGGCAAGAAGCAGACCGCCGAGCAGAGACGAGCCCAGAGAAUCACGGAUAUCAAGACACUCGUUAACUUGUAGGACAAACAGGGAAUACACAUGGGACCAAUAUGUUAACCCUUAUCCUGCCGCAUUCUUUUUGCUAAAUUUAAAGAAUUUUCACCUGUUCUACAUUUCUAGUAAUUUUAUUCAAAUCCAUGGGCAUUUUAACAUGAAAUUACACC